AUGAAGGCACUUGGCAUCUUUUUAAUUUUGUGUUUUUUCCUUUGUCAAGAAAGACCAGUUGCUGUUGGAGUCAUCCUAAAACAAGAUCCGUAUUUGGACGACGAGUUCAGAAGUUUUACCUACUUUUUUGAUAUAUGGAGUAAAACAGUGGAUAAGGCGUACUCAAUUAAUCAAGUUUCUAGCGGAAUUAUGAAGGUAUACAUGUCCCUCUUAUUGUUCCUUCUAUUACCAUAUUUUGCAUAUAUUGGCAUAUUCGGACAUACACGAAACCAGACAACCUUAACCUUGUCAUCUAUAAUGGCAUACUUCACCGCCCUAAUUGUGUUCUUUUUGACUAACGGGAUUUUAAACAUUGGCUUUGUAUGCUCGUUGCCAUUGGUAUUCGGAUCUUUUGUUUUCAAUUUAGCUAACUCGGAUUACACAAUUAAAGCUAUGUUCAAAUAUACUAGAUACAUAUUUUGUUUUAUCUUGGCCAAGUUCAUAUACGACAUUUUGACAAAUUUGAGAGGAGACGAAGCAAAUGCUUUCGAUUACGGGCUCAGUGGAUACAUAUACAUGUCAAUGCUCAAAGGAAAUUAUUAUAUGAUCUUAAAAAUAGUGCACUUAUUUGUGCUAAGCUUAAUGGCUCUUAUUAUUAAAAAAUUAUUUACACGGGUUUUUGAUGAAGGAGAUUUGAAGAGUCCUCAAAGCAUCCUAUCAGAUAAGUACAUGGUGUCUUUCCUAUGUUCUCUACCCAUCGCUGCAUCGAUUACACAAAUUUAUUAUCUAGCUAGCCAAACGAUAAAUCCCAUUGACCCAAGUGUAUUUUUUAUGAUCCCAACUUCAAUAAAUUUUUCUUCAACCAGCACAAUUUUUUCAUUAUCAUAUUACAAUCACGUUUUAAACAAGAUACCGAGUAACAUCAGUGAAUUUUUAUGA